UGUUUCGGGUACAGUUAUCUGACAGUCCGCAGCCUCGUACAAACGCAUUUCCAACCGCCCGGAUCAGCAAGUUGCCUUGUUGGCCAUUCUGCAGAUGGAACAAAGCAGUAACUGCGCCUUAUAUUUCAAGUCCAUAAGUUCCUGACGCGUUACUUCGUGCAUUAGUUGAAGGCUAUGAGCUGGCUGGGGAAGAGGAAAGAAGUCGUCGGUGCAGUUCUUAUGUUGCAAGAUCUCGUCGGUAGCCCGGAAUCUGAUGCUAAGAAGGCAACGGCAUUCGUUCGAGAUGCAAGAAGAUUCUUCUUCAAGCACAGCCACGUCAUUAGCAUCGCUCCUUGCCAGGUCUACUCUUCAGCAAUCGUAUUUUCGCCUGAAAACUCUGUCGUCAAGCAGUCUUUUUUAUCAGAGUUACCGGAGUGGUUACUUACAAAGCCUGAGACUGAGAGCGAUUGGGACUCGGUCCUACACGCCUGGGUUUUCAACAACAAGUCUCAACAACAUUGUUACAUUCCGAAAAGGUUCGCAUGGACGUCUUUAAAAAAAAAAAUUGGUGUCACAAGAAUAGCUCGUACAGAACUGCGUCCCAUGCACAAGUCGUAGCGAGAAGCUCAUGCACGUCAUAAUGUGCAGUUCUCAGAGGAUGAAAAACUCAUCGGCUUCUACACCACCGAAGAUGAAAUUGCUUUGUA